CGCCAUUAAAUGCCAUUGCAGCUUUCACCCUUUCCCCGUCCCUCUCCGCAUUUACUCCUCCUCCCCUUCUUUCCCCCUUUCCCUUUCCUUCUCUCUUCUCCAUCUUCUUUUCCUCUCCUCUCAUCAGAAAGCUUCCAUUUCUGUGUUGCUUCCGUUUUUUUUAUACAACCAUUAAAGUACUCCUGAAACCUUAAAACCAAAAAGAAUAGAGAAAAACCCAAACUACAGGUGAGCAAGAGGGCUGGAAAGGAAACCAUGUAUCCAUCCAUCCAAGCAAUGGCAGAUCCGUAGGUGAAAACUUGGGGUCUCCAAGAACAAGUAGUGAGCAUUUGGUUCUUGGUAACCAAACCCCAUUACUGUAAGCGAGAGAGGUAAAAGGGAAGACUCUACGAAGAAAGCAGGCAAAGAUAAGCCAGAUAUCAAUGCCAUAAUAUAGUUAUAUGAUACACGCAGGUUCUUUCCUUUUUCUUCUUGGGUCAAAAAACAAAUGUGCUCUGGUUUAUUCUUGUUACUACAUUUUUUCGUUGUGAAGAAAUAGUCAAGGGUUUCUUAGAGUGAGAGAGAGGGCAAAAGUCAGCUCUCUGUGGUCUACCCUUUUUGCCUAUUUUUCCUGCCCCAAUAGAAUCUUGGAAAUACCCAACUCGCUCUCCCUCCCUCCCUCCAGUCCACACAAGAAAAGAGUGCAAAUCGUUUCAGUAUAUAAAGGGUAAGGACAGAAACCCAGACUAAAAAAAAAAGGGGUUACUAAACCCUAGGGUUCCUGGUGUUGGGGGGCGUCCGCAAUAUGCCCGCCGGAGUAAUGAUCCCGGCGAGAAACAUGCCAUCGGCGGCGGCCAUACUGAGAAACGGCGGUACAAGUAGCAGUGGCAGCCUUGGUAUUGGUGUUGGUGGUGGAUUUGGUUCAUCUACUCUUCCAAUACUAGGCCAGCCGGGCAUGAUGGACGGGAUGGGAGGGCUUCAGUAUCACCACCUCGACAUGAUGACUCAGCAGCCCACGCCGGAGAGUGACAUCCCCGGCGGCGGAGAGUUCGACGUCAGCGGCGGCAGCGACAACCAGCUGGAAGGCGUGGGGUCCGGCGAUGAUCAAGAGCAGCAGGACCAGCAGCGGCCCAAUAAGAAAAAGCGCUACCACCGCCACACCCAGCACCAGAUCCAGGAAUUGGAAGCUUUUUUCAAGGAAUGUCCACACCCAGACGACAAGCAGAGGAAGGAGCUGAGCAGGGAGUUAGGGUUGGAGCCACUGCAAGUCAAGUUCUGGUUCCAAAACAAGCGCACCCAAAUGAAGACACAACACGAGCGAGUAGAGAACUCCCAACUGAGAGCGGAGAACGACAAGCUGCGAGCGGACAACAUGAGGUACAGAGAAGCACUUAGCAACACUUCAUGCCCCAACUGCGGCGGGCCUACUGCCAUCGGAGAAAUGUCCUUCGACGAACACCAUUUGAGGCUCGAGAAUGCCAGACUCAGAGAGGAGAUUGAUCGCAUAUCGAGCAUAGCCGCAAAGUACGUGGGGAAGCCAGUGAUGAACUACCCGCUCAUGUCCUCACCCAUGGCGACACGUCAGCUCGAGCUCGGCGUCGGCAACUUUGGAGGUUCACCACCAGUAGACAUGUACACGGGCGGAGGAGGAGGAGCGGCUGGGGACUUGCUGAGAGCGAUAGGCGCGCCGCCAACGUCGGAAGCCGAUAAGCCGAUGAUCGUCGAGCUGGCGGUUGCGGCCAUGGAGGAGAUGGUGAGGAUGGCUCAGAUCGGCGAGCCCUUGUGGAUCGUGGACGGCUCGAGUCUGGUGCUGAACGAGGAGGAGUACCACAGGAGUUUCCCUCGCGGGAUUGGGCCCAAGCCCAGUGGGUUCAAGUGCGAGGCCUCCAGGGAGACUGCGGUUGUCAUCAUGAACCACGUCAGCCUCGUUGAGUAUCUCAUGGACGUGAGUCAAUGGUCGGGUUUGUUCUCUGGAAUAAUCUCAAGGGCGAUGACAUUGGAAGUGUUGUCCACCGGAGUUGCAGGGAACUACGACGGCGCACUGCAAGUGAUGACGGCUGAAUUUCAACUCCCAACUCCACUGGUCCCAACCCGUGAGAGCUACUUCGCCAGAUACUGUAAGCAGCACGCCGACGGGACGUGGGCGGUGGUCGACGUUUCCUUGGACGACCUACGGCCGAGCCCGGUGGCCGACCGGUGCCGGAGAAGGCCCUCGGGUUGUUUGAUCCAAGAAAUGCCCAAUGGUUACUCCAAGGUGACGUGGGUUGAGCACGUGGAAGUGGACAACAGGGGAGUUCACGAUCUAUACCAACAGGUAGUGGACUCCGGCCACGCUUUCGGGGCAAAACGGUGGGUGGUAACCCUAGACCGGCAGUGCGAGCGGCUCGCCAGCGCCAUGGCGACCAACAUCCCAACCAAUGACGUCGGCGUGAUAACGAAUCAAGAAGGGAGGAAGAGCAUGAUGAAGCUGGCGGAGAGGAUGGUGGUGAGCUUCUGCGCCGGCGUUAGCGCCUCCACUGCUCACACGUGGACGACACUGUCCGGAACCGGAGCCGACGACGUCCGAGUCAUGACCCGGAAGAGCGUCGACGAUCCCGGGAGGCCGCCGGGGAUCGUCCUCAGCGCCGCCACUUCUUUCUGGCUCCCUGUCCCUCCCAAAAGGGUUUUUGACUUUCUUCGCGACGAAAACUCUCGUAGCGAGUGGGACAUUCUGUCGAACGGUGGUAUUGUACAAGAAAUGGCUCACAUUGCUAACGGCCGUGACACCGGCAAUUGCGUCUCCCUUCUUCGUGUCAACAAUGCGAAUUCGAGCCAGGGGAACAUGUUGAUACUGCAAGAGAGCUGCACGGACCCAACGGCGUCGUUUGUGAUCUACGCGCCGGUGGACAUAGUGGCGAUGAACGUGGUACUCAACGGCGGGGAUCCGGAUUACGUGGCUCUGCUCCCGUCAGGGUUUGCCAUUCUGCCUGACGGUGGCGCGGGGGCAGGAGAAUCCGGCGUGGCUGCUGGUGGAGGGUCUCUGCUGACUGUGGCGUUUCAGAUAUUGGUGGAUUCCGUUCCGACGGCGAAGCUUUCUCUUGGUUCGGUUGCUACCGUGAACAAUCUCAUUGCUUGCACCGUCGAGAGGAUCAAGGCUGCUUUGUCUUGCGACAAUGCUGCGGCCUGAGCUGAUAUUUUCAAGGUAAUUGUGGCUUUCGAUGGCAAAAUUUUCACAAGGAAGAGAAUUGGAUGGGAAAGGAGAAGUCAAGAGCGCACCUUUAACAUGAUCCUCUAUAAUUGUGUUCAUGGGAAAUUUUGCCUAAGGAGCCACAAGAAUUGGCAAAAUUUCCCAUGAGCGCUAGUUUAUAACAGGGUUAGAGGUUCGGGAAUUGACUUCCAAGGAAGAAGAUUUGAUUUGUUGUUUCUAGAGAAGCUUGAUUUAUGUAUUAAGUAAAUCUAAGAUGGAAACUCCCUAGUCCUCUCUUUCUCUCUUCGUUGUAGUUCACCUUCCAAAUUUUAAUCAUAACAAUGUAGUUUUCAGUGUUCUGAUGGAAAGCAGUAUGUGUAGUACGAGUAGUAUUAUGUUAUACUACGAGUACUGUUAUGUAAUUGAGCAGUGUUAUAUUCCUAAUCAGAGUCGUAGAAGUUAGGUAAUUACCGUAUUAGUGUUAGGGUUAUUAUAGAAGUCAGUCUCUGUACUCUAUAUAAACCCUUUGUGGUAUCAGUAAUAAUGCACAACAGUUAGG